CUGUGUGCAAAGUGUAUAAACAGGUGGUUUCUCGACAAUCAACUAAGCCAUACACAUCCCGGUUCACCAUCCUGGCGCAAAACUCCCUCCCUUCCCCUUCCCAAAACGUAACAAAAUGCCAUCCACAUCCUCCAUCCUCCCCACCCUAUCAACCACUCCGCAAAUCCACCGCAUCCCCCACCUAACGACCCAACCCGACUUUGCCACCGACCUGCACGCCGCUUACCACCCCUCUUCCCAGCCCCCGCAACCUUUUUGGCUUUCUCUCUAUAAUUAUGAUGGGAAGGACAGCGUGCAUGCCAAGAUCACGCCACGCGCCGGGGGUGGGUUGGAGGUGGAUGUCGAGGGUGUGCAGGUUGAAGGGCGGGGUGAGACUUCAUUUUGGCUUCUCCAUCCCGACGGGACACGCACGCUGUUCCUGGCGCCUGUGCGGCAGUACGAAGGGCUCACACCGACAACAACAUUAUCCAUCUCCCCCACGCGCAGCCACCUCCUCCUCGGCUCUACCGACGGGCGUCUCCAGAUAGUUGAUGCGGCGGACGGGACGUUGAGGAGGGAGUUAAAGGGGCAUGUGGGGGAUGUGACGAGUGCGAGGUUCUUUCCUAGCGGGGUAGUCGUUUUGAGCGGGGCGAUGGAUAUGCGCGUUAGGAUUUGGGGAAUGGAUGGGGCGUGUGCGGCGGUGCUGGAGGGGCAUGGGGGACGAAUCACGGACACGGCGAUCGUCGAGCGAGGCCGCAACAUUCUAACAUCCUCACAGGACGGCACAAUCCGCCUCUGGGACUGCGGAUCCGCGCGCGUCCUCGCCAAAAUCGCACCGGGAGCGGGCGGGAUCAAUCAGAUGUCGCUGGGGGUGGAGGUGGUGAACGCGGAUGGGGAGGUGGUGGAUGGUGUGGGCGGUGCAGAGAUCGACCCAGCAGAGACGGGAACAGACAACAAGCUCCUCUUUGCAGUGACUGAGAACGGAAGCCUGCUCGGCUACAACCUCCGCACCCGCUUCCUGAUCUUCUCCGCCCAUUCCCCAACCUCCGCAUCCCUAACAUCCGUACACUACUCCCCCGAAACCCACUGUGUCGCAGCAGGCGCCGCGGACGGCGUUGUCGUGGUUUGGGAUGUGCGGGAACCUAGCACACCCAUAACAGCCUUCAAACGCAACGAGGCGGCGAUCACGCAUGUGCGGAUCCUGGGGCCCCCGUCGUCGUCGUCGAUACCCUCGGACGAAAUCGUGCUUGUCGUCGCUACAGGCGACGGCACCCUCUCAACCCUCUCCAUCCCACUCACGGGUUCCGGCGCCCUCCCGCCGCGGAUCGUGACCGAGUAUGUUGGCGCGGACGUUGACCCGCUGUAUGCGUUUGAUGUAGCGGCAGGCGGGGCGGAGGAGACGGAGGUGGUUGCGGCGGGGAGGGAUGGGGUUGUUAGGUUUUAUGCGGGUGUGAGUUGGGAAGAGUGAGAAUGGAUGCGGCGGUAGGGUGGGUUGUGUGGGAGCGUCCCUUGCCGGUGCUUCUUCCUUUCCUUUCCUUUUUUAAUUCGAGGGUGGGGAAGGCGACGUAGCAAACAUCCAUUCGUGUGGGCGACCGUCCAUAGUCCGAUGAUGUUAUGAUAAUGAUAUGCAACAAAAAUAAAUAACAACCUCGAGGGGGGCUCACAACGCCUACAAAUGCUAUCCUCCU